AUACCUCUACUAGGAGAACUAAUGAAUGCUUUUAUGAGUAGUUUGUCUUGCACACCAAUAGCUGCAUCUAGAGAGGAGAGGCGAUGUUUAAUUGCGUCUGAAGUAGGUGGCUGGACUUGGACAUUUGCAAGCAAACAGUUGGGAGCUUACUGAAGUGACCUUCUUUCCAACACAAGACCUCAGAAAUUCGCAUUUAACACCGAGACAGGAAAUAUGCCGACUCAGCCUCUCUUAGCAUAUAUGGAUGGGCCAGAUGGUAUAGCCUGUACUGUUGGUUCACGCAUGGAGAACAACGAUGCCACGAUGCCAAUCAAAGGGACCAACACAAUCUCGUACAAGAACUUGCAAGAGAAGUUCUUGAUGCAGGGCGAAGGGUGCCUGCCUUUGGAUUGCAUGUUUUGCGACCAGACCUUCAAGCACCCGGAGGAUCUGGGCAAGCACGUCUUAACCCAGCACAGGCCGACGCUUUGCGAGCCGGCGGUCCUGCGCGUCGAAGCGGAAUACCUCAGCCAUCUCGACAGAGGACAAGUGAAAACAGACUCGUUGUCGCUGGACGUUGACCAGAAAGAUGACCAGGGCUUCAGCUGCGAGGUCUGCGGGCAGACGUUUGAGGAGGUCUUCGAUGUCGAGGCCCACAUGAGGAAGCAUAAGGACUCCUUCACUUACUGGUGCAGCGUGUGCGGAAGGAGAUUUAAAGAGCCUUGGUUCCUCAAAAAUCACAUGAGGACGCACACCGGGAAGCCUGGUUCUCGAAGCAAGACUGCGCAAGGUUCUGAGAGCCCCGUAACGAUAAACGAGGUUGUACAAGACCAAGCGUCUGAAAGCAUUACAUCGCCUUAUAAAAUCUGCAUGGUUUGUGGCUUCCUAUUUCCAAACAAGGAGACUUUAAUUGAGCACAGUAAAGUACAUACCAAAGAUUCCUCAGCCAAUGGUGAUGGCUGUCAGGCGGAUGGAGGAGGCAAAGGAAGUAGCUCGCCCAGAGAAGAGUUCCUGCAGUUCUUAAACUUAAAACCACGUUUGCCUUCCAGCAAUAGCAAAAUGGAAAAACCUGUGAAAUGGAUCCCAGAACUGGAUCCGUUCAGUACGUAUCAGGCCUGGCAACUGGCCACCAAAGGUAAAAUUGCUAUUGGCCACGGUCAAAUAAAAGAACUGGGACAAGAAGGAAGUACAGACAACGACGACUCGUCUUCUGAUAAAGAAGAGCUUGGGGAAAUCUGUCGUGCAAGCAAAGCAAACCAGUCUGAAAGUACAGGGAAGACCAAGGUGAGCAAAAGCGGAAGUUACGCAGGGCUUGGGAACGCGCUACAAGACAAAUUCAAAUAUCCUGGCGGCGAAGUGCCUUCUAUAGACAUAGAUCCUAAACUGUCCCAGAACAAAGACAAGCCCACACAUUGUGUGCAGUGUGGCAAAGCCUUUAGAACGUACCACCAGCUAGUCCUCCACUCCAGAGUACACAAGAGAGACCGAAGGAAUGACCCAGAAGCCGGCUCUGCCGAAGCGAAGCAACCGAGGUCAUGUCUCAUGGAUGUGGUUCCACUGGAUGAGAACGGAGUAGUCGAGCGAGCGGAGGGAGGCUCUGAAGACGGCUCCGAGGAUGGACUAACAGAGGCUUUAGAUAAAAAUGGCGAUAGCCUGGAAAGAGCAAAAGUUAAAAACCUUGGGGCCUCCAGAGAAUGCAGCUACUGUGGGAAGUAUUUCCGCUCAAACUAUUACCUCAACAUUCAUCUCAGAACUCACACAGGUGAAAAACCAUACAAAUGUGAAUUUUGUGAGUAUGCAGCAGCCCAGAAAACAUCUUUGCGGUAUCACUUGGAGAGACAUCACAAGGACAAAAAUGCAGAAGCUGCGGCCGAUGCAAAAAACGACCAUAAAGAUUUGUCACCUACUCAGGAGAUAGGCUUCCUACCAAUCACCAGUGGUUCUCCAGAAACCAAAAAUCUGAAAAGGCUCCUUGAAGAUGCCAAAGAUACUAAAGGAAGCCCCCCUGCUAAGCAGCAGAAAGAGACCCUCUCCUCCUUCCAGAGCACAACGAACAGUGUAACUCAGGACCCAAACAACGGUGCUGGUUGCAGUGGCUUAAAAGAGGGCGUGCCAGUUCCCUGCCUUGAAAAACUUAAAUCUGAAGAGAGAGCAAUGGAACCUCAGGCAAGUAAUCACGUUGCUGAUAGGGCUGAGAAAAGGAGCUCUGUGUUGCCAGACAGCAUGGUUUAUGCUGGAGCUCCAAAAGGUAGAACAAGUAUGGAUCUUGUGAGAGAUUCCGCGGAAGACCCGAAAUGCAAGCUUAUAGCUCAAGAGAAGCCUUUAAAUUUAUCCACCGGAUCGUCCCAAGACACUUCAGUCAUCUCUCUCUGUCGAGGAUCUUUAGCAACCAGCACCUGCCCCUUUUGUACUUACCGGACGUUAUAUCCAGAGGUCCUGAUAAUGCAUCAGCGGUUGAUGCAUAAAUAUAACCCUGAAACUGCACAUAAGAGCGGGGUCCGGAACAGGGCAGCCAUUAAAGCUAGGCGGACCGGAUGCCCGCCUUUCCUCUUGGGCAAAGAUGUGCCCCCCGUGCCUCUUCACCCUGUCAAAGCCAAGGCUUCCCUGCCUGCCCAGUCGAAACCCUCACAUGUGGAAAAGGUUAAACAGGGUCCUGCCAUCCAGAGCAAAGCAUCCCUUCUUUCAGGACUCGGCUCCAGUAACUCGGCACCGAGUAACUUGAAGUCAUGCAAACCGCAGACGGUUGGUGUUUCGGUGAAUAGCUUCAGACAUCACGAAGUACACCAUGGGUCUAGCGGUGCCGCGGUACACGAUAGAGGGAGAAGGCUGGAUUCUAAAGCGAGAGGCUCGAGUACUAACAUCAAUGGCUCUCUCGAGACGUCUGUGAAUGAAGCUUCCUGGCCAAGUAGUCGCGGCGUAGAGUUUCUCAGUGCCAGACCCACGGGGAAUACAAACUUGGAGUUCGAUGGACCGCCCUCGAAAAGAGCGAGACCCAAUCUCUUGGCUCCGGAACAGAUGGACUCUGCCCUGUAUCGGAGAAGAAACGAUUCGGGCAGGAUUCACAUAGCAGGCAGAUAUGCCGGUCUGCUACCUCAGGAAUGUGCACACACCAAACCCGCACCCUCUUUCCUGCCUGCCAAGCAAGGGCUUGUGAGCACUGAAGUAGAUGCUAUAAACCCUGUGACUAUUCUAAAGCCAUAUGAAACGUACGGUCCUGGCCCCUAUUACAGUUCCUGCGGAUCAAGCAGCAGCCAACUUCCUAGCUCUUCGAAAGAAGGAAAAAGGCCAGUGUCGUAUCAACAUUUAUCCAGCACCAUGCUACAGAAGCGAAGUUAUGAGAGUCUUUUUGGUAAUGCACAUUAUCGACCGAAUGACAAGAAAACAUGA